AGACGUGUGUUUGUGCAGUUUUUUUUAACCUCUAGUAAACAGGAGUCCCGCCAGGCCUCACAGGGAGCGGGAUCGAACCUGCUGCUGAUAUAAGCAGCCUGAACACUGGCCCAGACACACACACAUGUUGCAACUGGAGCGGCUGCUCACACCGCGGCAGACAUGAAGAUAAAAGCCACAGCUGUCUGGACAUGUACGUUAGUCUUGUCCCUCUUCCUAGAGUCCUGUCAUGCACACAAGCUCAACGUCCACUGGGGGCCGCAGUCCAUGAUGUACUUGAAGGGCAAACACGGCCGGAGGUUUGUGUUGGAGGAGGACAGCAGUGUUUUGAAGCGAGGUCUUCAGGGCUGGUACGCCGUGCUCACAGGAAUCCGGAGGUUGCAGCCCCGGGGCUUUGGUGAGCCCAGUCACAUGGUACGCUCAGAGAAAGUCCUGGUCCACUACGUCCAGCAGGACAGAUGACUGAGACUGUGUGCACUCCCUGAGAAGACGCCGGCGUUGAUAUCACUGCAGCCACUUUCUGUUGAGUGGAUGGACACAAGUGGUGCUACAACCCAACCAGACCCUCAGCCUAUAAAUAACUCAAUAUGUCACUCAGUUUUACAGUUUCCUCAGUGAAUUGUUAUCGUUGUAUUUUUCAUGCAUGAAUAACGUGUGUGUGUGUGUGUGUGUGCGUGUGUGUGUGUGUGUGUGUGUGCGUGUGUGUGUGCAUAGCCCUGCUUGCUCUAUAUAAAGUAGCAGAAAAAGACUAAAUGCUCUGAAUAAAAGAUGGAAGAUGGUG